AUUUGGGGUGACAUCUCCACUCAUUUCCAUGGGGUUGUAUUGGCCGGUUUUGAUUAUUGGUGGGGGGUGGUUCCCCCCCGUAAUUUACGCCCUUGCCUGUAUCCCAAACAAAUUACGAGGAUUUCUCUGUAAUGAAUGCCAAAAUCUAAAGAGACAUUAUCAACCACUUCUGGUAGCGACUCGGACAGUGAAACGGAGAAAAAGGCAAAGAGAAAGAAGGGAUCUGCACCAGAGAAGCCUGUUAAGAAACAGAAGAGUGGAGAGAGCUCAGCAGGAGGGGACUCUUCAAAGGCUACCGGCAAGAGUGAUGACAACCUCUUCCAGAUUGGGAAGAUGAGGUAUGUCAGUGUCCGUGAUUUCAAAGGCAAGGUACUGAUUGACAUCCGUGAGUACUGGAUGGACCAACAGGGAGAGAUGAAACCAGGAAAGAAAGGCAUCUCUUUGAAUCCAGAACAGUGGAACCAACUGAAAGAGCAAAUGUCUGAUAUUGAUGAAGCUGUGAAGAGAUUAUAAGAAAACGCUCUAAGCAAAGUUUGUGUGUGUGUUGUGUGUUUUUUUUUUUUUAUAUAUAUACAUAUAAAAUAUACUUUUACACUAGGAUAAAAAGCAUUUUCUAGAGGGUGUUUUUUAGCCAAAGUGUACAUUGUGUGCUCAGUGCAGUUGAAUCUAUGAUUUCAGCAUGUUUAGCAUGUGACACGUGUUCUGUAUUUAUAAGGACUGUGGUUUAUUGUAGCGCUAGGGUGAAAGACUUCAGUAUUGCUUCACUUAAACUGCACAGACAGCUGUUCAAUUUCUUUAGUGAGAAUAAAUCCUAUAUCUUAUGUGCCCGCAUCUCAUUUUUUUUUUUUUAUAAGUGCUUAAGAAUUCACUCAUGCUUUACCUCGUUUCAUUAGACUCUUUUGAACAGCCGAUUGAGUUCCUUUUAAACAUGAACUCACUCAAUUUGUUAGUUGAAGACUUCAGUUGUAAUAAUGGAAGUAUAAUAAAUAAAUAUAUAAAUAAAAAAA